AUGACGAUCGAACAGCACGUCGACGGUCUCUUGCGCCAUGUUGGUCUGCGAAUCAACCAUGGAUUGACACCGCUCUCCGCAUCGCUUGCAGUGCUGGCGCUCAUCGGUCUUCUGUCUGUCGGCACCUUUGUGCUGCGACUCGUCCACCUCUUUGCCGAUGUCUACGUUCUCCCCGGUACCUCCGUCUCGAAAUAUGGAGCAAACAAGAAGGACCUCGCUCGCGCCUCCUGGGCGGUAGUCACCGGUGCCACCGACGGCAUCGGCCGCGAGUUUGCGCUGCAACUCUCUCGCAAAGGCUUCAACAUCCUUCUCGUCUCUCGUAGUCCUGAAAAGCUCGGUUCGAUCGCAGCCGAGAUCGAAGCUGCCACUCCCGGCGUUCGAACCAAGACGCAAGCCAUCGACUUUGCCCUCGGAGACGAACGUCAGUACGAAUCCCUCCAACACACCGUCAAGGAUCUCAACAUCGGUGUCCUGGUCAACAACGUCGGAAAAUCGCACAACAUGCCCGUGACCUUCGCAGAGACAACCGAAGAAGAGAUGGAAGACAUCAUCGAGAUCAACGUUGUUUCCGUGCUUCGGGUUUCGCGAAUGAUCAUUCCCGGAAUGGUCGAACGCAAAAAGGGGUUGGUGUUGAACCUAGGAAGUUUCGCCGGUCAAGUGACCACCCCCAUGUUGGCAACGUACGCUGGCAGCAAAGCUUUCCUCAGCGGUUGGUCCCAAGCUCUGGGCGAGGAGCUCAAGAGGAGCAAGGUGGAUGUCAGACUCUUGAACACCUACUUUGUCGUUUCCAACCUGAGCAAGAUCAGGAGAAGCAGCGCCAUGAUCCCUACGCCGAAACAGUAUGUAAAGCAGGUGUUGAAGACGUUGGGUAGCCAGGGUGGUGCACUGGGUAGACCGUACACUUCGACUCCUUGGCCAGGACAUGCCGUGGUGGAUUGGGCUACCACGUUCCUGUUGCCGAGGGGUUGGUUGUUGAGCUACACGUAUGGUCAACAGGUCGCGACGCGAAAGAGAGCGAUCAAGAAGAGUCAGAAGGCGGUGAAGUCGGCCUGA